AUCACCUCAUUCAUCUCUACUUCUUUAAUUUACCAAAAUAACAACAAAACUUAAGUUCAUUUAAAUUCACCUCAUUUUCUAAAAACCAAUCAAAGUGUCACGUAGAUUACUAAAUAAAAAUAUUAAUUUAAAAAAAAAUGAUUGAAAAAAACAUCAAUUUUAACGACAUUAAUACUAACAACAAAAUCCUAAUUAAAUUUUAAAUCAUAAAUUCUAGACCCUAAAUUCUAAAUCUAAACCAUAUAUCCUAAACCUAAAUCCUAUACCUUAAACCCAAACUAUAUAUCUUAGACCCAAAUUUUGGAUCCUAAUCCUAAACUGUAAACCCUAAAUCCAAAAUCCUAUACCCUAUAUCCAAAUCAUAGACCCUAAACUCAAACCCUAUACCCUAUACCCUAAACCCAAAUCAUAGAUUCUAAACUCAAACCGUAAACUCUAAAUCUAAACCUUAUAGCGUCUAGGUUUUGGUUUAGGAUUUACGGUUUUGAUUUAGGAUCUAGAAUUUGGGUUUAGUGUAUAUGGUUUGGGUUUACGGUUUACGGUUUGAGUUUAUGGCCUAGGAUUUGGGUUUAUGAUCUAGGAUUUGGGUUUAAGAUAUAGGAUUUGAGGUUUCUAUAAUUUGGAUUUAUGAUUUAAAGUCUAGGAUUUAGAAUUUAAGAUUUAGGGUUUAGCUGCUGACGUUAGCAUCGUUAAAAUUGUCGUCAUUCUUUUUUAAUUAUUUUUAAAAAAUUAAUAUUUUUAUUAAAUAAUCUACGUAGCAGUUUGAUUGGUCAUUAGAAAGUGAAGUGAAUUUAAAUGUUCACCCCAGGGAUAAACCUAAAUUUUGCUCUUUAAAUAAACUUUUUUCUUCUCUGAUUAUAGCUACAAGAAAGAAGAAGAAAUACUUGAAUCUGCUCCUACAAUGAAAAAUCAAUUUCAUGACCAUGGUACACUUUUCUUUCUCCCCAUUUUUUUUUGUUUCUUAAGUUGAAAUGGUCUCUAGCUUCUUGUGAACAAUGUUUUGUGUUAUUCAACUGUGUAUGCUCAGUUUAUCUUCUAAAUCCAAAAUGUACUUGCUUGCAGUUAAUCUCAGUCAACAUGUAUUGAUGAGAGACAUGGGUGUUAGUGCAGUGACGACUGAGUUUUAAAAGCUGAAGAAAAAUAACUUUUCAAGGUGUCCAUGUACCAGUCGUACAUGAAGUCGUACAAGGAGUGUUACGUGAAGUGAAGUUGUGUAGCUGAUCUGAAGACUGAAAUUGAAGCUGACUUAGAGCUAAAGUAAAGACUACUUAGAGGCUAAGCAAGUUAUGAUUUACCUUGGAGAAAAUGUAAAUAAUCAAGGAAAGAUUUCCGAAAGACUUUGAAGGAGAUUUGGAAAUAUUCUAUAAAGAAAGAUAUGGUAAUAUCUUUUCCUUGGAAAGUUGGCUAAGGCGACCCACGAAAUCUGCAAGUAAAGGUAGAGAAAGACGUGCUGAGGAUUAUGUACCACCUCAAAAGAAAGAGUUCCAGUGUUGAAUGAGAGUAGAUAUAAAACAUAAGGGCUAGAGGUCAUGAGGGGAUCAAAGGGGUUCUAGGGUUAGUUUGAUCUAGGAACGUGUAAGGCUAGUGUCUCUGUCUGUGUGUGACAUGUUAGUCAAUUCAGAAAAGACCUAGUAAAGCAUUUUAUCUAUGUAAAAAUAAACUUUCAUUAUUAUCCUAAUGUAGUACUUUGCGAAAUAAAAAAAAAAACAUUGUAUUUGUAUGUAUUACUCUCUGUAACAGACUCGUCUUGCACUUUCAAUGGGAACCGAAAUGACUCGAAUAGCGUUCCAAGAACCUUCUAAAAAUGGGACACCACUUAUGCUGAUAACACCAAUGCAAAGUCCUAUGUCUUAUGCACCUUCAAGUCCCGGGACACAAGCAUCAGAACUGUCAAAGAAAGAGCUUCAAAUGAAAACUAGGAGGGAGAUAAAGGUGUUGAGCUAGCCAAGACGGCGAAGACAAAGAUGUUUCAACGUCACUAAAGACUAAAGCUUUUCUCCAAACUUGUAAAACUGUUUCUGAAGCUCGUGCUUCUUUGCGGGAGAAAGUGGAAAAGGCUAACCACAUGGCUAGGUAAGGAGUCGAAGUUGCAUUGUUAAUUUUAUCAUGCUUUAAACUGAAAAAGAUUUGGGUGAGGUCGAGGUUCAGAUGGGAGAAUAAUCAGAAGGUGAAAUUCUGAAAGAAAACUGAGGUACGUAGUCUGAAAAAAACUCAAGAAACAAAGUCAAAGUUGAUCAUAUCUUCUGUUUAUCAUUAUGUGUAAUUGAUGGUGAUAUUCUUGAUAUUGCAGGUGGAAGUUGAGAAGGUGAAAGGACGACUGCAUGACCGGUUGAUGAAGAGACUUUCUGCGGUAGAGUGCAAAGCAGAGGAGAAGUGACAAGCUGCUGAAGCUAAGAAGAAUUGUGAAGCAGCUAAAACAGAGAAACAAGCUGUUAUAUUGUUUUAGUUUUUGCUAUAUUGCUUGUUUUUCUUCAUUGUUGCUAUAUUGUUUUAGUUUUUGUUCUUAGUAGUUAGUAGUAACAUUAAAAUCUAAUAUGUUCUGAUGUUUGUUAAUUCUAUUAAUAAAAUUUGUAUCUUAUAACUUACAAUUAUUGUUUACUAUUAUUGUUUCACAUAACAAUAAAAAAAAUACAAAAUUAUGUCUUACAACCACACAGGGACGAAAGAAACUCGAAUGUCAGAGUUGUUAGACAAUAUCAACCUCGUUACACCACGUCCUAUCGCCUCUAAACCCAUAUCCAUUGGUUUGUCACCACUACCGAAAGCAAACUUGUAAAAUACGUCACAUUUGUGACCUGUAAGAGGUUUUAAGAUAUGUAAAUUGUUAUCAAAUAUUUAUUAUUAAAAUUAUUAAUUGUCAAAUAUAUAUUUUAUUCACUUUUGAUAAUUCCGUAUAUCUUAUUUAAGGAAAGAAUAAAAAAUAUUAAUUAUAGAUUAUUAAUUAAUAUAUAGUUAAUUUAAUGAAAAAUAUAUAAUAUAUGUGUAGUUGACCAAUAUAUUUUUUUAUAGAUUUUAAAUAGCAUUCGAAUGAUGACACGUGUUAUAACUAAAGUGUUAUAAUAUUUUUUUAAUAUAUAGAGGAUGUGUUGCCAAACAAAAAUUGAAUUAAAUAGGACUAAUAUAGUUAUCAAUUUAUUAUGUAUUCACUUAAACAUUAGUUUAUAUUCGAAUUAAAAAAAAAUGUUUUUAAUAUAUAAAAAUAGUCCCUUGUUAGUUUCGGGCAGAUGUCUUGCGAGAGUUUCCGAAACUGACUGGCUCGGAAAGAGGUGCGGGAGUCUGGAUCCAGGUUCGGAGAUCUCUUUCAGCGUACGAUAAGCUCAGUUUAGGGUUUUCGAUUGUUUGAGAUGGGAGCUAGGGUUCAAGUGCAGCACUACAAUUUGGGAUCGGCUGAUUCUUACAUCGGUAGCUCUCUACACGAUCUCAACUCCGUUGAUGGUCCGCCCAGAGAUAUCGACGGCAUCGGAGGCUCCGUUGCUCAUGAAGGCGAUCGCUUGGACAAUGACGGCCAUUCCUCUUCCGCGAACUGUAUGCACGAAUCAUACACAAACUCUCUGCAAAUCCACAAUGACGGAGUUGAAGAAGGUGGGUCUAACAUGGAUAACAAGGAGCCUUCAGGAACUUCUUACAAUAUGUUAACCAUUCAAGAUGUUUCACCAAUUGAAUCAGCACGAGGGAGGUUUCUCCAAAUCAUCGUGGAUUACUUUAUCAGCCAACAUGUGGUUGAAGUCUGUGAGAACAAGCGUGACCAUGAGACCGAUUCAGGUAGUAGUAAUAAAUCCAAGAGGAAGUCGGAUGAUACACAGUAUGAAGGCGACCCGAGUUUUGCAUUGCCGUUGAUGUAUAUUGCAAACUUAUACGAGACUUUGGUCGGUGAAGCUAAUGUGAGAGUUGGUUCACUGAAUGGUAUAAGGGAAAAGACACUUGGGGUUGCUCUUGAAGCAGCAGGUGGCUUGUAUAGAAAACUAACCAAGAAGUUUCCUAAGAAAGGUACUUGCAUGUACAGAAGAAGAGAACUUGCAACAUCACUUGAAACUAGGACAAGAUUUCCAGAAUUGGUAACACAUGGAGGAGAGAAACGAGUUCGGUUUGUGGUGGUGAAUGGUUUGGAUAUUGUUGAAAAGCCGGAUGAUAUACCGGUUGAAGAUGCUGAAUGGUUUAAGCGAUUAACAGGCCGCAAUGAAGUAGCUGUCUCUGCCAGAGAUUAUAAAUUUUAUUGCCCUCGACACAAGCAUAGACGUGUUCACAGUUCUGCCUGCAGCAUCCAUGGCUUGCCUCAGACAUUUCCAGGUAUGGAUCCAUCGACUUUAGCUACUGUUAGUGAAGAUCAAAGUCAACAACAACAACAACAACAACAACAAGACACUCCUUCUCCUUCCAAACAUCACAUGUCAUCUAUGUCUCAUCAUCCUCAUCAGUUUCACCAAUCUAUUCACCAGAGCCACCACCAACAUCAUCAAUCUGUUUACCAAAAUCAACACGCAGCCACACAUUUUCCCGGUCAAAACCAUCAAUGCGACCCUGAACUGUCUCAAGCCCAACACCAGUCACCAUCUAUUUCGCAGCACAUGGCUUGCUUGCAGCCCCUCACCGGAGGCCAUGUCAUGGCAACUGGUCCUGCGAAAUUCUGUGACCAAUGUGGAGCACAGUAUCUGAGAGAGACCUCCAAGUUCUGCUCAGAGUGUGGUGCCAAGAGGCUUGGGUUAUAGCAGAGACAGAUUUGAAUCUCGUUUAAGUUAUAAAUUGACAAGAAGAUUAGUGUUUCAGCCGACUUUCAGAGUUGAAAGAGGGAAUGAAUUAUGUUUGAGCUGGCUAAUUACUGGCCUCUGAAGUAGUGAUUAAAACUCUGUUAGUUUCUGAUCUUGGGAAAUGCAAAUUUGUAAGCCUUUACAUAUGCUUAUGGCUAUGUCAAAACGUAUAUAACCAAAACAACGAAAGUAGUGUAAUUUUGUUAAAUUUUGAGGAAUAUUCAGACAGAAAAGUAAGGUUUCCUUGUAACAAAACUAAUGAUUUUUCCAUACAUAUAUAAGCACAAUUUAAAAUCUCAAUACAUGAUUUAAAGCUCUUACAAAACAUAAAAGAACAUCACAUAUACAGACAAAACAAAUUGUUCCUUUUACGGUUAUUACAAUUCUAUUUUCGAAUUGAGUCUAGACAAUGGUGAAAGAGAGGAUACCAAAAAUGAGUUUUUUUUAUAUUUUUUCGUUUAGACUAUUUUAUUAGCUGAUAAAAUUUAAUUAGCCGGGUUUGGUGCAGGAGCAACGGAGACUACUGCAAUGACCGCCUGUGGAACCUUCUUUGGUACAAGCAGAGGCACAGUUCUGUCCGUUGAGACACACUCCUUGGAAUGUUUUAUCGGUGCCUCACACGGUUUUGCUUCCACUGGAGUCAUUCCUAAAUCACAAACUUAACCUAGCGAAUUAUAUCUAAAACACUCUCGUUUUGGAGCACAACCAUAAAUAACUAAUUAAGAACCAUACGUAGAUGUUUAGUAAUUAGUAUAACCAAAAUGUGGAACUACAAGACCUGCAUGGGCUUGUUGAUAUUAUUUAUGCUCAUAUAUAUAGCACAUCACUUAAUCAGAUCAAGGGCCAGUCAUAAGAAUAAGAUUUUUGAAGCCAUAUAUAUCAGAAAAUGAUAUACUAGAAAUAUAAUGUUUUUUAAUAAUAUCAAAUGGAAAACAGGUUUUCUCUAUUUUCCAUCAGAUAACUUAACAAGAUCUUUCUGAAAGUUGCGAAGAUACAAGAUAGAGGUAUGAAGAUGAUGAUCUUGGGUGCUCUCGUCAAUGUCAUAAACGUUGAAAGACGUCAAGCUCGCGAUGAAGAAAUAUCGGAUCAAGAUGAUUUCAAGAUUGUGAAAUCAUGGAUAAGUUAAAUUUUUAUUCUCUGGGUUAUAACUAAAGAAGAAGAAAAGAAGAAGAAGAAACUUCUGCAAAUUUAUAGACACUUGUAGACGCUUCUUGAUUUUUUUUCUAAACAGUAGAAUUUAACAACAAUAUAACCAAAAAGACUUAUUCGAGAACACAUAAAACAUACCCGCAUGUAUGGUACGACAUGGUGCUGUACGGAACAUUAGAUAGAAAGAAACAAACAGGAGAGACGAUGGAUUGAAGAUUUUGAGUCACGAGGAUCGAUCGAUGGAUGGAUCAGCAAUGUUUGAUGCAGAAGCAACGACGACGGAACCCACGGCAUCUACCUCCGGAAAAACCUUGGGUGUGGCACACGUUUGCGCAGUUGUGUGUGCUCACACAUAGACCCCUGAACUUAUGGCUCUUCGACUCACAUGUACGUGCCUCCACUGUGACUGGACCCGCCCCUAACACACAGGAAAAACAGUUUCUUUAGACCAUAGCUUAGUUUCAAUUCUCAUGCAUGCAUGGUGCCGGGGCGAUCCUGAACACAGCGAAUUGAAACAUCAGCUUAGGGUUCUCAAAAUUUUUAAAAAAAUUUACAUAGAAAAAUGCCCCCAAAUUUGUUAAAAAAAAAGUUUAGAAAAUCCUCAUUAAAUUGAUUUAGACUCCCAACAUUUCAGGGACGCCCAUUGGUGCGUUAUUCAUCUUCAAAGUUUAUAGAAGAACAAGUAUUUUUGCUAAACAAUACAACCAAAGCUCAUAGGCCAUAGCCUUCUGAAAUCAUGGGGAAUGAUCAUAUGGUCGGCCCUAACAUUUUAGAGGGUAUAUAUACACAAUUUAGUAAAACAUUAUCAAUUUUUUAUUAAAAAAAACUGAAGAUCAUGCUUAUAUAUAAUAAUGUUUUAAAAAAAUUGCUGUUGAGAACCAAUAUUUCACUUUACUAUGCAUAUAGGAAAACCAAUAUUAAGUUAUGAGAGUAAUGAACCUGAAGCAACGAAUAUCAUGAACAUGAAGAGAACGACUGAGAUCAAAGGCAUACAAAGCUUCAUUUUGAGAGAGACGAAGAAGAUUUCAGAGAGAGUUGUAAGGAAACAAUUGUUAAGUGUGUAGGGAACCAGGGGCAGACCCACAUGGAGGACUGUGGAGUCACUUUGACACCACAGAAAACAAUAAUAUCCAGGUUUUAUAGCCAAUAUUAACUAAUGGGCAGUGGCAGUUUGGUUGAAAAGGGUAUUAAUGAAUCCACAAAUCCAGGUUCAAACCCUCUUUAUGACAUUUUUAAAAGUUUUUGACACUUCAUAAAUAUUUUUCUGGGAUCACCCCCGUAGGGAACCAACGAGGAAUGUGGAACUAUAUAAAGUAGUAUAAGAAGGAUCGAGAAUAUUUAUUAGUAUUAUAUUACGUAAUCGAGUUUUUAGUAUUUAGUUUAUAUUUUGAAAAAGAAAAUUUAAAGGAUAGUGAAAGUAUCUUUUUGAACUAUUAGCAUAUUUUGAUAAAGAGUUAUAUUUUAUUGGUUGUCUUAUUCCGAUCUACUUAUUCAGACCACCUCAAUUUUGAGUAAUAAAAUAGUUAUAAAAAAAAACCAUUAGCAAAUUUCGAUACUCCCAAAUUCCAAUUGACUUUUGCCACGGUGGUGUGAAGACGUUUUGCCACAGUGGCGUGACGACGUUUUGUCGAUUUUCUCCUUUUCCUAAUUUUCGGGCAUUCUCUGUGUUUUUUUUUUUUUUUUUUUUUUUUGUCAUCUUAUAAACAUUAAACAUGGACAGAAGUCCAGCAACACAAAUAAUUACAAGGUGAGGCCCAAAACAAGAAGGCCCAGACAAAGCUAAAGAAAUAAACGAGACCUAGACAAAGGCCCAAAAAACUAAGGCGUAGCAGCCUUCGCAGAGGGAAAUGGCACGCCGAUGAUAGGCUAGACACGUGUAUAGACGCAUAGCUGAUGGGGACACGUGCUUUGAAGGUCAUCACCUUAAUCGCCGGGAAAAGAUCCUCGCCGGAGCUCCGAUCACCGGAAGACGAAGCCGUCAACACGACCAGGGGAGUAAGCUCAGAACGAGCACCGUAGCGAAGAACUUCCAAGCCGAUUGAGAACCAAAUGACCAACGCUUCAAAAGAUGGAUGAAUCGAUUGUCUUCAAUCGAUCUGAAUAAUCGGACUCACCUGAACACGAGAAACAGACAUCUUUAAAGAUGUAGAAGAGCUCGAAGAUGAAACAACCCUAUCCAAGGGGAGGAGGAAACAGUCCAAUCUUCUUAUCGAGAGUCAAUCGCCGCAGAUACAACCAGGAAGCGAUGGUCAAAAAGUAAAACAAAGGAACCGGAGAACCGGAACCAAGCUCACCAUCACCAUCACAGACGGACGAUGAAGCGAGAAGAAAGCCGGAUAAGAAGGUGUUUUGAGAACCACCUCUUACCAGAGUCAGAAGCCCGAACUACGGGAAUCAAAACCGGAUAAGAACCGGUGAUAGAGAAGAAGACGAAGCCGGAAUGAAGCCGGCGACGAUUCAAGUUCUCUCUCUCUGAAAGAUUUUUAAGAGAGAAGAGAGAGAGAACUUAUUUGGCACCUCUCUUUCUUUAACUUUUCGGCAUUCUCUGUGUUUAUAACCUGGUCCCAUUUAUUUGCUUUACCAACACUGUGAUAAAAGAAAAUUUGGUCUUUUAUUGGAAGCGACAUGAACGCAGAGAGAUUUUAGAAUCAUCAUUAAGAGCUUGUACGUUUUCUUUUAUUGAGCACCGAGCUUGUUGGUUUUCUAUAAAUUGCAUUAGUCACACCACUGUGACAAAAGUCAAUAUGGAAUAUCGAAAUUCGAUGAUGGUUCAAAAAGGUUUACCUUUAAAAAAUAUAAUCCACCUGUUUCACAAAAAGUGUAAUAGAUAUUUUCACAAAUAUUAAAAAACAAAUUGAAAUGCAUUUAUUUUUUUUAUUAAUAUCAUCUAUUUAGUCAAUAACAUUUUAGAUAAAUAAAUUUAUUUUUAAAGUAAUAUUGAACUAAAAGUAAGUAUAAAUUGCAUUAGAAUUAUAAAACGAUAAUUUUUAUGCAACAACAAAUAUUAAAUUGACACUUAAUAUAAAACAGAAGGAAUAAUACCUUUCAAUAUGCUUUAAACUGUUUUUAAUUAAAUAUUAAUGUAAUUUUUUUAAAGAAAAAUCGACAAGCUCUUGAUAAUGAUCCUAAAAUCUCUUUUAAAAUUGCGUCAAAAUUCCCGUUCUCACUAGUUAAACAAUAAUACUUGAUAUAAUUCAUAAUAUUUACACUUUAAAAACUUAAUUUACAAGUAUCCUAAUUAACUUAUUUACACUAUGUUAUCUCGAAUGCAAGAAAAGAUGCAACAGGCAUUCAGUUAAAGGUUAAUUUCCCUUUGGUGAUAGAAUUUUUCACUCUGUUUCCGACCCAUGAAAGGACUAACAGGUGGACGAAACCACCACCUCAGUUUCUGAAAGGCAACAUCAGUGUCUCAUGGGUUGGCAAUCAUGUUAGUAGUGGAGCUGCUUGGACAUUAAGAGAUUAAUUUGGCAACUAAUAGAGUGUAUAUAGUUGGUUUAAUAUGUUUAAGUAGUUGGUUUAGUGUAGAUAGUUUCACAUGUAUUUAAACUAUCUCUUCUUCCUCGUUUGAAUUAAUGAAGACUUACUCUCACAAUCUAAAAACAACAUUUUCCUACACAGUCGUAGAACCUUUUCGAAUGUGAGGGAUUGCGGAGAGGCUGAAUCAGUUGCUCUCCAUUGGGCGGUUACAGACAUGAACAAUACCCCAAAAGGAUGAUCACAAUCACCUUGUCAUGUGCAUUGGCGCGAGAAACUCUCCAGAAUCCCAGAGACUUUAUUUAGCUUCUGUCUCAAAAGAAUGACAUUGACAUGAUGCUUAUCUCAUUCCAUGAACAGAGCAUUGAUCAUAUAUGUGAUUGCCCAAGAGUUAGACUGUAGUAUCAUUAGCGACCGGCGCUAUCAAUCCUACUGAUAUCACUCAAAUUAUGCUAAUGAGUGAUAUUUAUUCUCUCAGAUAAGAAGUUCAAUUGUAGUAUUUAGAGAUCGAAUCCACAAUGAGCUAAGGUACACAAUAGAUCCUAAUCAGCAGUGAUUAAGCUAGGUAACUUA